CAAACGAUUCGGUUUGUCGCGUAAUUUUCUCCGGCAAAAAAACGGUUCUGUGGCCGUUCCGGACGCUAAAAUUCCGUUCCAUAUUGAGAACUGGCCAAAUAGAAUCAUCGGACACUGGAUUUUCGUGUCCGGAACGACUACGGAACCGUUUUAUUACCCUCGUUUUUGCCCCCGGAUUCGGUUUGCUUUCCGGCGCUGUUACGACAUCGACGCAGUUAAUAAUUAAUUAUUUAGCUAGGCCACCAAAGGAAACUGUGUCGAAGAUUUGCCGUAAUCCACGCCGCAUUAAGCUCGUGAUAAUCAACUGGAGAUUGGGCAGUUCAUCGAGAUUUGCGACCAUGUUUAGGCAGGAAAGGAAAUCCUCGGCUACUGUGACUGUUCUGAGCCGCUUCGCACUCAACUCCUCUGGCACCGGUCUACCUACGUCCUGCUCAAACAUCGACAGUUCCCGCCGUGAACUACGCAGGCAUGCAGGACAUCGGUCGGAGCGAUCGAAGCACUUCAAGAUGGAGGUUUUGUCCAAGCUGGUAAACACGAGCUUCGAGGAUUCUGUUGGAAUAGACAAGAUCUUGAGCGAUGUGAGCGAGUUGUUGCUGCACGUGAAGCAUCCGGAGGUUUAUCGGCACAUUGGAUUGCCGUCGCCGCGUGGAUUUCUGCCGCACGGACCUCCUGGCUCGGGGAAAUCGUUUCAGCUGGUGACGUCCGGUACGUUGUCACCAAUCGAGAACGACGCGGUUGGUAACCUGGAUGAAGUCAAACAGUGUGGCAGGCAAACAGUUGACAACGUUCGACUCGUAGAAGUGAGAAUGAUGAACAAAUCGGCCGCUCCACUGCUGUUCCGCGAUUCUGAUGUAGAAUAAUCCCAAUUUUAAUCAAAGUCGUCCAAAAGUGUAGAUCGAGCCGCAGAUAGCGCUGCAUCAUCCGUUCAAGUAAAGCUGAGCGUUCAAGCAGCAGGUCAACCUAAUCAAUUUCUAGAACGGGAACGAUUUCGCUUUUAAUUUUGUGUAA